AUGGACAACCCUGAUCUUGACGCUGAUAAUUUAGUAGCCAGAGCCGUCGAUUCGGCAGUAUCUCGCCAACAGCGAGGAAAAAGAUGUAAUUGGGUACUAGAUAGAGUGGUUGUAAGCGGCCAUCCUGAUGAUGAUGAUGAUGAUAAAGACUUAUUUCGGGACCCACGCACCAUAUCCCUGAACCAGUUGCUCCAUGAUGAUCUACUACCACCGCAGAAAAGUGAAUUCACACCAUUAUUGACAACAAAUAUGCCUGACUUGGAUAAUGAUGACGAAGAGUUAACGGCAUUGCAGCGUCUCGUUGAUACACAACACACCUCUCACACUAGUAACUGUGACACUAUAAAAGAUAGUGGUAGAUAUCAUCUUUCAUUACCACCACGACCCGGGUUAAAUUCAUCGAAUAUUAGCUUCAGGGAAACUGCUUCCCAUAACCAAGAAGACAUAAAAAUGAAUGAUACUAAUCAACUAUCUAGAGGUCCAAUUCGAAGCAUAGAGAUGCCGUGCGAUGUAAGUAAUGCCAGAGGAUCUGUGGAUUGGCAGGAACAACAACAACAACCGAUCCCCAAUGAUAUUAAGGCUUCUGUUUUUCUAUUGGCUCAGCGCAUCCGUAAACUUGAGAUGCGUCGCUUUGGACAUUCAGCGACAUUUACUUCCAAAUUGCUGCAGCAACUUUAG